AUGAAGAUCCUAAUACCGAUUCUGUGUUUGAUAUCAGCUGUGGAUCUACAAGAUACGCCAGACGGAGAGUGCUGUGGGGAGCAAGAGGUGGAUUUAUCUCAACAUCUGGAGCUGGAAGCAGUUUGUCCAGAACUUAGUGGGCAGAUUAUUGGAGGACGGUCCAGCUCGAUAGUUAGACAUCCUUACCAGGUGUCAAUGGUACUGAAUGGAAAUUCUUUCUGCGGUGGCUUUAUAAUUAGCCCGAAUUACGUGUUAACUGCGGCCCACUGCGUUCAGAACGUGUUACCGUCUGCUAUCCGUCUUCGCGUUGGCAGUACAAGACGGGACUCCGGCGGUAGAAUCGUCCCCGUGGCCAAUGUUACAGUCCAUCUUCAGUAUGGGACGCCACAAUUUGACCACGAUAUAGCUGCGUUACAACUGGCCCGGCCAUUGACGUUCAGUAAUGCUGUCCAGGCUAUACGGCUCCCUCAACCGAGACAGGCAGUACCACUGGUUAGGCUGACUGUCACUGGAUGGGGAUUGACUGCUCCUCGUGGACGGCGUAUCCCUCGAAUAAUGAUGGAAGCGAAUGUACCAGUAGUCCCACACUGGCUUUGCCGGUUAUCGUAUGGAGAUGCACUUACUAACAAUAUGUUUUGCGGAGGACAUUUUCUCAUAGGUGGCGUCUCGUCGUGUCAGGGUGACUCUGGUGGUCCUGCAGUAUUCAGAGGAAUUGCCUUUGGCGUAGUUUCAUUUGCAAGAGGAUGUGCUCUUCCUCUGUCACCGACUGUCUUCACCAACAUUGCAGCUUUAAGAGAUUGGGUCACACAAAACACAGGAGUUUAG